AUGGUCUCCACUGUUCCAAUCCUCACUGGAACCAGCUUCUCAGAAUGGAAAGAGAAAGUUGAGUUCACAUUAGGAGUACUAGAUAUGGAUCUGGCACUUCGUGAAGAAGAGCCAGAUCCCUUAACUAUAAUUAGUACUGAGGAAGAAAAGGCACUCCAUAAAGCUUGGGAGAAAGCGAACAGAAUGAGCAUGAUGUUUUUAAGAAUGACAAUAGCUAGCAAUGUUAAAACUUCCCUUUCUGAUGUAGAAAAAGCUAAAGCUUAUCUAGUAGCUAUAGAAGAACGGUUUAAGACUGCAGACAAAUCCCUUGCAGGGAAAAUUAUGGCAGAUCUUACAACCAUAAAGUAUGAUGGGACAAGGUCUAUGUAUGAACAUUGCAUUGAAAUUACCAACCUUGCGGCCAAAUUAAAAAAUUUAGGAAUGAGUGUGGACGAUUCAUUUCUUGUCCAAUUUAUCCUAAAUUCACUACCUCCUCGGUAUGGACCAUUUCAGAUCAAUUAUAAUGCAAUUGAUGAAAAAUGGACAUCUAAUGAAUUGACUAAUAAAUUAGUCCAAGAGGAGGCUCGACUUGGUCGUGAAGGCAUUAAAGUUGCCCAUUAUGUCCAAGGAGCUGGACUUAAAGUUGGGAAAAGGCAUAAAAAGAGCCAUCAAAGAGCAUCACCCACAAUGAACGAUUACGAUCAAGCUAAUUCGAAGAAAAAGGCAAAGAAAUAUUAUAGAUGCAACUUUUGUAAAAAGGUUGGAUACUUUCAGAAAGAUUGCACUUAA